AUGGCGUUCCAGCAGUCGUCUCCCCUCGUCAAGUUCGAGGCCUCUCCCGCCGAAUCCUUCCUCUCCGCCCCCGGCGACAACUUCACAUCUCUCUUCGCCGACUCAACACCGUCAACACUCAACCCUCGGGAGAUGAUGACCCCCGACAGCGUCGCCGACACCGAGCACCGCCUGUCCGUCAUCCCCGAGUCACUGAACGGGGAGGACGACGACUCACACUCCACAUCCGCUACCUCAGAAAAGAAGCCUGUCAAGAAGAGGAAAUCAUGGGGCCAGGUCCUUCCUGAGCCCAAGACCAACCUCCCUCCUAGAAAACGUGCAAAGACGGAAGAUGAAAAGGAGCAGCGCCGCGUCGAGCGUGUUCUCCGAAACCGCCGCGCCGCGCAGUCCUCGCGUGAACGAAAGAGGCUCGAAGUCGAGGCUCUCGAGAAGCGCAACAAGGAGCUUGAGACGCUCCUCAUCAACGUACAAAAAACCAACCUGAUCCUCGUCGAGGAGCUCAACCGCUUCCGACGCAGCUCAGGCGUCGUCACCCGCUCGUCCUCCCCCCUCGACUCUCUCCAGGACAGCAUCACACUAUCUCAGCAACUCUUCGGCUCACGGGAGGGCCAAAACAUGUCCAACCCCGAGCAGUCCUUGAUGGACCAGAUUAUGAGGUCCGCGGCUAACCCUACCGUUAACCCUGCCUCCCUCUCCCCCUCUCUCCCCCCCAUUCCGGACAAGGAGGAAGAUGAGGAGCACGCAGAGGAAGACGAAGAGAUGGAGCAGACAUGGCAAGAGGCUGACAAGCCCGCCGCCGCCAAGGAGAAGAACAGCAAGCAGUCCCGCGUCUCCACUGAUUCGACACAACGUCCUGCAGAGAUGUUGUGCGACCCGCAGUACGACGCAAACCACGCCGCCUAUGACAUUGUGGCAGCGAGCAACUAUGCCGCUGCGGACCACGAGCUCGACCUCGAGAUCCACGACCCUGAGAAUCAGAUCCCUUCGAGACAUUCUAUCCAGCAGCCCCAGUCUGGCGCGUCCUCUCAUGGAUGCGACGAUGGCGGCAUUGCGGUAGAGGAGAGGAGGAUACGCCUGAAGCAGCACAAGAAGCAGGCCGCGGCUCUCGACCCCGAGAAGCGCGCCUCGACAGACAAACGCCGACAACAACACCACCAUCACCAGAUUCCUUCGUUUUCAAAGUAG